GAUCCCCAUAAACUGUUUGCCUCUCAUUAUCUCAUUUACAGUUCACAUUAACGAUCGCGCAGGCCAAGGCCAGCAACAAUAUCCUCUCCGACGAAUUCAUUCCUAUCGAACCCCGCUCUCACGAGCCAGGCAUCUAAAUAAACCGACAUUUCACAGGCCCGCUCUGAACAUGGCGACAAAAGCGGGGGAUAUUGACGGCGACGUCAAGGCAACUCCAGAUACCAUGGAAACCGUAGUUAAAGACACGACUUUGGAAACCACGCAAGAUGCAAAAGAAGUUACCCCGCCAAAGGCUGUUGAGCCCGAAUCUUUUGAGGAUGCGCCAGAUCCAGAGGAAGACGACCUGGACGACCUAGACGACAUGCUCGAUGAAUUUUCCCCAACUAAGACCGAGUCCAAAGCUGCAACCACCGAGGCCCCCAAACUAGAGAAAUCCACAGCCGAAGGCGCCUCCGAUGAGAUGGCCGAUCUUAAUGGCAUGUCGGAGGAAGACUUUGCAAAGCAUUUACAAGCCGACAUGGCCAAUCUUUUGGGUGGCAUGAAUUCGAACCCAGAACUCGCAGCCCAGUUCGAGGAGAUGAUGAGCAAGAUUGCUGCAGAAGGUGGAGAAGGACUUGGUGACUUCGGGGCUGGCAUCAUCCCCGAAGCUGCUGGGGCUUCGCAACAGUCUGCGAAAUCUGCAGCACCCUCAGCGGCGGAAGAAUCUUUCCAAGACACUAUUAAGAAGACUAUGGAGAAAAUCCAAGCCUCGGGGGAGCAGGCUACGGCGGCGGCUAAGGAAGAUGAUACCGAUGACAUCCUGGCCGAGUUGAUGAAGCAGAUGCAAUCUAGCGGCCUCGACGGCGAGGGUGGCGAGGAGGACUUCUCAAAGAUGCUACUUGGAAUGAUGGAGCAAUUGACAAACAAGGAUAUCCUCUACGAACCCAUGAAGGAACUGCACGACAAGUACCCUGCCUGGAUGGAGAAGAACAAGGCAACCACUAGCAAGGAAGACCUCAAGCGUUUCGAAGAGCAGCAGAAGGUUGUUGCGGAAAUAGUUAAGAAGUUCGAGGAGCCGACAUACACAGACGCAAGCCCGACCGACAGGGAAUAUAUUGUGGAAAGGAUGCAGUCGAUGCAAGCCGCUGGCUCGCCCCCGGCGGAUCUAGUAGGAGAUAUGGCUUCGGCACAGGAAGCAUUUGGUGCACCACCAGACGAAGGGUGCCCUCAACAAUGAUAUAUAUAAGAGAACCAUUCAGUCACAUAAUAGUAUAGCCUUGAUUAUCAUCCUGUAGUAGUACUCGAAAUUACAGAAACGCGAAUAUACUCCCCAGUGGAUAUCCUG